AUGACAGAAACAAACCCUUGGGUAUAUCUUAGUAAAGACAUUAAAUUCCUUAUCACUCAUUUGUAUGAAUUUAUUGUUGAAUUUGUCUUGCGUAAUAGCAUAUUCUCAGUACAUUACAGUUCCUUUAAAACUUAUUAUAAAACAAGAGCCGAACUUGAUUUUCGAUAUUUAGAUAACAUUGCCAGUACACUAUAUGUAGUUGUGACGACUCUUUUGUCUUUCAUAAUUUUAUUUUUCUAUUCUCUGACGAUGUUGAGGGCUUUGGAACGCAAGUAUAUUCGUUCAUCCAGACUACCGGAUAAAUAUAAUCAGGAAAGAUGGUUUUUUAUUAAUGGAGUUUGUGUUACAAAAUGUUGGUUAGAUCAAAAUUGUAAUUAUUUGGAGGAACGUUUCGAUAGGGGGGUUACAGGAAUUUUAAAUAAAAGUUACGGUGUGAUCUACGAUAUAUUAGAGGUCGUCUUUCAAAGAAGCUUUGAAAUAGAUACAAUUUCAGUACGUGCUUCUGUUGAAGAGAUUCUCCCAGCGCUCAGAAACAAACAAGUUAAUACUGUUCGGUUAAUAGCACAUUCACAAGGCUGUAUAAUAGCAAAUUUGGUUUUGAGAAGACUAUAUACGGAAUUAAGCUACACGGGUGAACAAAAAUUUCUCAAUAAACUAGAGGUUUAUACAUUUGCAAGUGCGUCUAGAGAAUUCACAAACCCGGGAAACUUGGUUAAACGUAUCGAACACUAUGCAAAUGACCAAGAUCCUAUUGCAACAUUCGGUGUUCUUAAUGAAGUCAAUAACCCACGUUAUAAAGGAGAGAUUUUUGUCAAUUAUACAAGGAACGGUGGUAAAGGACAUUUGUUCAACACGUUUUACAGUUUAAAUAAAGACGAUUAUAAAACCCUGAAAAGUGACAUGGAUGGUAUUCCUACGUUUUUGCAACUUAGUGGACAUAUAAAUCCUAAUCUGCCAAUUGAAAUAAAAAAAUAA